GAUUUGGCUUGGAAAUUCGAAUGCAAACAAAGAAAAAAUCGCAUUCGCCCAAUUUUCCCACUCGUCACACGAUACACGAUACACAUACAGUCGGUUCGUGCGUCGAAUUUCCUUCUGCGGAAUCUCCGAAUUCUAGAGUAAUCGACACUUUGAAUUAUUCAUCAACCAAGACCAGUCUCUUCAGUGAAAAAGGGCCGUGUUAUCGAUCCACUGUUUCCUGUUGUCCCGCACUGUUAUCAACUCGACCAGACACUUCUUCCUUGCAAAUAUACACACAUUUCUCGCACGAUCAUCAUGGCUUCCAUUACUGCGAGCAGAACUUCUGGAUUAGCUGCAGCUAAUCCAGACUCUGCGUCGACGCAUCCGUAUACAUGCAAUACUUGUCAAGUGGCGUUCAGGAACAGCGAGCUUCAACGAGGGCAUAUGCGCAGUGAUUGGCAUCGAUACAACUUGAAGCGUCGUGUUACAUCCCUACCUCCAAUCUCCUCCGAAGUCUUCACCGAAAAGGUGCUCCAAGCCCAGGCCUCUACAACCGCCGCUGCUUCCAAAGCAGCCUACGAAAAGACAUGCACUGUUUGUGCUCGAACAUACUUCAGCGCGAAUGCGUAUCAAAACCAUAUUGGGAGCGCGAAACACAAGGCAAAACUUGCGACGGCAGGUAACAAGAGUCUGGACGACGGUACUAGCUCAGUAAUGAGCUCUACAUUCUCACUUGGAGAACCAAUGAUCACCAAUGAGGAGCCUAUCGAUUCAGAUGCCGAGGAGGAGUUCAACGAAGUUGUCGAGGGAAUCAAGAAGACCAAUUUGCAAGAUAUGCCACCAGUGACUAGACGACCAUCACGACCACACCAUUCCGCCGGCCCUGAGGUUGAGAAGGAAGGGUCAGUGAAGACAGCUUCCUCUGUUACUGCUGGGGGUGAGGAGUUGUCUGAGGAAGCAGCGCUAAAGCGUUGUCUAUUCUGCAAUUUUGAUUCCCCUUCAGUACCCCUCAAUGCGGCACACAUGGAAAGAAUUCACGGCAUGUUUAUACCCGAGCGGACUUAUCUGGUUGAUCUGGAAGGCUUGGUUGGUUCUCUGUACGAGAAAAUUCAUGAGUAUCACGAAUGUCUCUAUUGUGGCAAGCUGAAGCCUUCCGUCUUUGGUUUACAGACUCACAUGCGAGACAAAGGACAUUGCAAAAUUCGAUUUGAUACAGAAGAAGAACAACUUGAGAUUGGCGAAUUCUAUGACUUCAGAAGCACUUAUUCAGAUGCCGAUGAAAUGUCAGAUUCAGAAGAAGACGAGUUACCAGGCAAGAAGCGCAGUGGAGGAGUCAAGCUGGGAGCAAAGCGAGAUACCAAGACCACAGACCAAGAUGGUGAUGAGGAAAUGGAAGAAGGGGAUGGUUGGGAGACUGACAGUUCCGCAUCUUCUCUGGACUCGGCCGACCUCACUGCUGUUCCAUUAGAUCAACGAGAACAUUCGUAUGAGAAGCUGAGCCAACAUCCACAUCACACGCACUCAGACCCUCGACCUCAUCGAAACAAGGACGGUUGGCAUUCUCAUGCACACAAACAUGCUCAUGCCGUCUUCUAUUCUGAUUAUGAGCUUCAUCUCCCAUCGGGACGUACUGCUGGUCAUCGAUCGCUGAACAAGUACUUCCGCCAAAAUCUUCAUAAUCAUCCAUCACCAGCCGAACGCCAGGAACAACUCGCGAUCGAAGCAGCUGCUGGUUCAGACUCGGACUCUGAAGAGGUUGAUGAGCGAGUGGCACGACGUAACGAGAGAGAGCGUGGCCGAGCUUUGACUAGCCGUGCAAACGGUGGACUGGGGAUGGUUGGUGUCAGUGCGGAAAAGAAGAAAGAAGUCAUGGCUGCCGAGAAGAGAUCGAGAAAGAUUGAGGGCAGAGAGCGCAGAAAGUACGAAUGGGGCGUCAACAAGCAAAACAACUUCCAGAAGCAUUUCAGGGAUCCUCUCCUCCAAUGAUUGCAGCAGAGAAGUCCUUGGGUGUUCUGGUGGUUUUGGCAAGCUUUCAAAACUUCUGUUAGGCAUAGAUUAUUGAGACGUCUUCCUGUAGUUGGGAUGCGGUUGCAUGGGGUUCGGACCAUAGAACAGCGUAAAUUUAAGAUAUCCCAAGUCUCGAAACUAACG